CUUCACCAUGUCUUCGUAAGCAUAAUUGGUUCCAUUGAAAACAGUUUGUUACCGGUACUAGGCUUAUCUGCUAAGGAUUAUACAUGUUUCCAUUUAAUUCCGUUUUAAGUCAAUAAAACUAGAGCGGGCAUUGUUGUCACCUUUUUUUCUUCUAGCAGUGCUACAGAAAUGCUUCUGUGUGAUAAUUUAAACAUCCCCGUGGGCUGUGUAAAUAUGGUCUGCUGGUGACAGAGUGACUAACAUCCCCUAAUGUACCAACUUGCCUGUCAGUGGUAGGUUGCUGGUUUUAAUGUAUUUGUAACUUUACUAGAUAGCUAGCUACAUGACUCCCGUUCUGUAUUAGUGGCGUUUACCUGCAUUGUUUGAAAAACUGGCCUGCUGUGCUGCAACGAUCUAUGCCCCUUGUAGCUGCGAUCCAUUAAACAAGGGACAGUAUUAUUAAAUGGGGCGGUUGUCUGACUGUUUCAUCGCUACUGAUCACUAGUCCGCCACAUUCUGGCCAGGAACUUUUGGCAAAAAUUAAUCUGUUAACCUCUUGUAAAAUAAAUAGCACAGACUAUGACGAUUAACAAGUGGAUGCUACCAAAGAACAUGUAGAACAAAGUCACUACAGUGAACAUAAUUUCAAAUGAUUCUCUUGAAAUUCUGUCUUUUGGAGCUUUUUUGGAUUUUAAAAUGAAUAAAUCUAGUGUGGUCGAUAAGAUGUACAGUUAAAAUGAAAUAAUGAGAUCAGAAACGUACAAACGGAAGAAAAAAAAGCUCAGGGGGAAGAACGAAGCAGCAUUAUCUUAUAAUAAAGGGUACAGCGUGUUGUGAUGGAAGAUGAUGGAAGACAAGGGUCCACGUGUUGCUGAUUAUUUGGUGUUAGCAGGGCUGACAGAUUCAUCCAAACCUCUUGAGGAAGAAAUUCAUUUUAGUAAUAGCUGUCAUAAAGUAGCAAAGCCCAAAGAACCCAUCAUAGAUGUUGCUGUCAUCAACAAAUCAUUGGGCGAAGAAGUGCCAAAAGGAUAUAAAUGCUUGGAGACUACUCCAUCAGGUUUUAGUGCAGACCUCAAUAGUGGAAGUCUUAUCAGUCCUCAGAUGCACCUUUGUUUUAGGAGAGGUAGAGACAAACCACCACUUACAGAUCUUGGGGUGCUAUAUGAAUGGAAGGAAAGACUGAAGCAGGGCUGUGAGGUAAUUCAGACAACUCCUAGUGGGCAUUCGGCAAAUGUUAGUGGUGGUGCUUCAUCCCAAAGAAUUUACAUUACAUACCGGAGAGCCCAAGAAAAUAUGACUCAGAAUUCCCUGGCUGUCACAGAUUUAUGCAUAAUAAUUCCAAGUAAAGGAGAGACUCCACCACACACAUUUUGCAAGAUAGAUAAAAAUCUUAAUAGUAGCAUGUGGGGAUCAGCUGUAUACUUGUGUUACAAAAAGUCUGUGGCAAAGGCCAAUACGGUAUCAUAUAAAGCUGGUCUGAUCUGCAGAUAUCCCGAAAACGAUUAUGAAUCCUUCCCUCUCCCAGAGUCUGUACCAUUGUUUUGUUUACCAAUGGGUGCAACAAUUGAAAGCUGGACUUCAAAUACCAAAUAUCCAUUACCUGUUUUUUCUACAUUUGUUUUAACUGGAUCGUCUGCUGAGAAGGUAUAUGGUGCUGCCAUCCAAUUCUAUGAAAACUAUCCACAGGAAAACCUUACAGACAAACAGCGUUCCCAGUUGGGUUUAAUUAGCACUGUAGACAGAAAGUCCAGUGUUUCAAAAACUAUUCACACUAGUAAGUGCAUUUGCCUGCUGUCCCACUGGCCUUUCUUCUCUGCCUUUAAGAAGUUUCUCACAUUUAUUUACCGGUAUUCCAUAUCUGGACCUCACGUGCUGCCUAUUGAAAAGCAUGUCUCUUCCAGGUUAUACAAAUACCCUUUUCCCACCCCCAGAAGACCCCAUAUUCUGGUUCAACUUUCUCCACAUGAUAAUUUGAUCCUUAGUCAGCCUAUAUCAUCACCACUGCCACUAAGUGGUGGUAGCUUUACCUCAUUACUCCAAAGCCUGGGACCUGAAAAUGCAGUGACGUUGUUGGUGUUUGCAGUUACUGAACAUAAAAUACUUAUUCAUUCUCUGCGUCCUGCCCUACUCACCAGUGUAACCGAGGCUUUAGUCUCAAUGAUUUUCCCUUUUCACUGGCCUUGCCCAUACAUCCCACUAUGUCCAUUAGCACUAGCAGACGUGCUUAGUGCCCCUUGUCCUUUUAUAGUAGGAGUUGAUUCCCGAUACUUUGAGCUGUAUGAACCACCACGAGAUGUAUGCUGCGUUGACUUGGACACAAAUACCAUUUUUCAAACUGAAGACAGGAGGAAUUUAACAUGGAAAGUAUUACCAAAGAAGGCUUGUAAAAAUUUGUUAAAUUCUUUGAGCAGUUUGUACCAACAACUGAGAGUUCAUCAAAGGCCAAGAGAAGAUCCUCUAAUGGAGUUAACAGUUAAUGAUCAUGAUUUCAACUCUGGGAAGGCUCAGUUUCUGGAGCUGGAAAUUCAGGAAGCAUUUCUUCGGUUUAUGGCAUCUAUUCUGAAAGGAUAUAGGGCAUACCUCCAGCCAAUCACACAGGCUCCUUCUGAGAAAGCUACUGAUGCUAGUUCAUUGUUUGACUUGCAAGGUUUCUUAAGAAGCAGAGAUCGUGCACAUCAGAAAUUCUACUCAUUAAUGACCAAGACACAGAUGUUUAUUCGUUUCAUUGAAGAGUGUUCCUUUGUGAGUGACAAAGAUGCAAGCCUAGCUUUUUUUGAUGAUUGUGUAGAAAAAGUAGAUGUUGACAGGACAGAUGAAAUUCGCCUGAUUGAGUUGGAUGAGUCUCACCGAAGUGAGCACACUGUUUUCAUCACUCCGCCAGAACUACCCAUGUUACCUGAGGGAAAAGAGCACCCACUAAAAUACAGGUACAGUGGAUUUCCAGUAUUAACUCAAGAGCUCUUUGAUAGUCCUGAAGGGUUCUCAAAACGUAAUGGAUGUAAAGUUUCCCCAAAAGUCAGCUGCCCUAGUAGCCCAGCAGCCAUGUUUCGAAGAACAAAACAGGAAAUCAAAUAUGCACACUCUGUUGCAAAGAAGUAUUCCUCCAUUCCUCAGAUGUGGUCCAAAUGUCUUCUACGUCACUGCUAUGGCCUUUGGUUCAUUUGCUUGCCAGCAUAUAUUAGGGUGUGCCAUUCAAAAGUUCGUGCUCUGAGAACUGCUUAUGAUGUAUUACGAAAAAUGCAUUCUAAAAAGCUAAACCCUCCAGAUGAGGUGUGCUACCGAGUUUUAAUGCAGCUGUGUGGACAGUAUGGUCAGCCAGUAUUGGCAGUUCGAGUUCUCUUUGAAAUGAGAAAAGCUGGAGUUCAGCCAAAUGCCAUUACUUAUGGAUAUUAUAACAAGGCUGUUUUGGAAAGCACUUGGCCAUCGAGCAGCAGAGGUGGCUACUUUUUGUGGAUGAAGGUUAGAAAUGCUGUAUUAGCUACAGCUCAGUUCAAAAAGACAUUGAAAAAGCAACAUUUAAAUCCAAUACUGACCCCUGUUUCAGCAGAUGGAAGUGACCUGGAUGCUGUCAGUCAUGGAAGCUUGGACAGUUCUACUGAUGCAAGCAAUUUGGAACAACAUCCUUUUAACACUGAGCUAAGCAAAGUAGAUGCUGCUGAUGACAAAUCUAGUACAGGAGGGCAGUCAGACCUUGGAUACAACUCUUUGUCUAAAGAAGAAGUUAAACAACGAGAUGCAGCUGCUCUGUAUGGGCAAGAAGAAAAAGAAAAUAUGAAAGAGACCGACUCCAGCUCAUUGUCAGAAAAUGACAGUACAAAAGGAAGUGGUGACUGCAUUCCUCAACUGAAUUAUCAAGAGAUACAAAAUCCAAAACCUGUUUCCAGUAUUGUGCGCCCACAGUGUCGUUUUGAUAAUGAAGAGAAACUGAUUUCUAAUAGUGACAGCUGUGAUACUGUGGCAGGUAUUCUUUUUGCGUCAUCUCUUGAGGACUCUUGUGAUGCUGAACUCAGUCAAAGCAGUUUACGAAGGAGACAUAAAAGUGCAAUGGAGCCUGCUCUGAAGCAACAUUUGGGCUGGGGAGGCAGGAACAGAAAUCUCAGUGGAGAUGCAUACAUAGGACUUGCAAUACGCAGAGUCAGUAAAGAAACCGAUCCUCAGGAGAUUGCCGAAAAGUUAGGAGCCGAUGCUAAAAUAUUAUCAAAUGCUUUGCAAAAAAAUAGGAGACCAAAUUUCCUGGAUCUUCGAAAAACAAAUCCUAACUGCAAAAUAGAAAAUCAGGAGAAGGACUCUAGUGAUGAGGAAUUACCAUUUCAGACAAAUGAAGUCCAUGGUAAUACAAGUGACUCUCCUGUCAUUUUUGAUUUAGAAGACUUGGACAAUGAAUCUGAUGCAGUAAAAUCCAAAAUGCCAGGCAACCAAAAACAUUUCAGAUUGCAGAGAAGCAGCAGCAGCUUUUCAGUAAAACCUUCAGAAAGGCUGGAUGUUGAAAUGGGUUUUGAUCCUCUGUCAUUACUUGCUGCUGAGACAGAACAAACAAAAGAUGAUGUUGAAACCCAGAGUGUUUGUACUCCAUCAGCAAACCGGGAUUUGGCAGAAGAAAUAGAACUCUACAUGAGCAAUAUGAGUAGUCCUUUGAGCAGUCGUGCUCCAAGCAUGGAUUUGCAAAGGGCUGAGGAAGACAGACCUGAUAAUGAUGGUUCAGCUAUGAUAAAAGCACCCAGAAGGUCUAGCCUACCUCCAAAUACACCUAAACGCACAGGUCUUCCCAGAUCCAAGACUUAUCACUCAAAGAAAGAUAAAAAAUCAAGAAAUCGACUUUGGUCAUCCCCGUCUUUUUCUCCAAGCACCUUAAGACGAGAACAGGCCUUAGGAGCAACUGGAACUCAGGCAUUAAUGUCACCCUCUCCAUUUAACUUGGAUGCAUUAACACCAACAUUUGAUGUACUAAAAACCAGCAUGUUUUCUGCAGGGAAGGGUGUUGCUGAAAAGGCCAGCAAGUGGUAUUCUAAAUUUGCUGUGUAUACAACACCCUCCAGGGACCAAAACUUCGACAGAGCCAGUCUUUCUUCUGCUGGAACGCUUGACUUGGAGUCUUCCUCAUUAAUGGAAGAAGAUGCCUGCAAUGACUCUGGAAGUACUGAUGCUGCUUCUCAAAAAAACCUUGCUGCCAGCAUGUCCCAAGGAGCACAGCGAAGUUCAAGUACAGAGAGCCCUACUGCCAGUGAUACUCAAUCAAAACAGCUGUCACAUAUUGAAAAUUUGCAGUCUUCAACUUCAAAAUUUCAUUUACGAGAUAAAUCUGAAAAAAUGCCUUCUAAAUGUGCUAGUAACUCUAGCAUCUUUCAGAAUUAUGCUAUGGAGGUUCUCAUCUCGAGCUGCUCCCGAUGUCAUACUUGUGAGUGUCUUGUUUAUGAUGAAGAGAUUAUGGCUGGCUGGACUGCAGAUGACUCAAAUCUCAAUACAACAUGUCCUUUUUGUGGUAAUUUGUUCUUACCCUUUCUGAACAUUGAAAUUCGAGACCUACGAGGGCCCGGAAGAUACUUUUUAAAGACUAGCCCCUCAGCAGAAAAUAUACAGUAUUCUUCUGUCUUGUGUCAAGCAGAGAGAAGUACUUCAUCUUCUGCUUCAUCGCUGGGUCUUGUAUUGUCCCCACAAGUCACUGUACAAGAAGUUACUGACAUAAACAUUAAAAAAGACAAACAAGGAUAUUUCAAUGUCAGAGGCAUCGACAUUCCUUUUGAAGGAAGACAGCAGACUUGCAUAUCACUUUGUCCUACCCAUCCAGUAGCACAUAGUGCAAGUACAAUUGGCCCAUUAGAAGAGGAUGUCAACAGUCGUAGGCAUGCUCAUGCAAUUCCUACAGGCAGUUUGCCAAGUACAUUUAAUGAAAUCAUAGAUCCUUUGAGUUUUGAAUGGCAGUUGCCCAAUCCAGAUCCCAUUACUGUUCCAUAUCUUAGCCCUCUGGUGCUGUGGAAAGAACUGGAAAGCCUGCUUGAAAAUGAAGGGGACCAUGCAGUAACAGUAGCAGAUUUUGUAGACAACCAUCCAAUUGUAUUCUGGAAUCUUGUUUGGUACUUCAGACGCCUGGACCUUCCAAGUAAUUUACCAGGAUUAAUACUUCCUUCGGAACACUGUAACAAGGCUUCAGAGAUUCCACGAAACUGGAUUUCCACAGAUAGCAAACACGUCCUUAUCCAGAUACUGUGGGAUAAUCUGAAGUUACACCACGAUCCUAAACAACCCUUAUACAUAUUAUGGAACACUCAAAGUUUAAAUUGUACUCUUUUAUUUAACAUACAGAGGAUUCCAGUCACUCAUAUACUGGAAGUAGACACAGACAGCUUCAAUCGAGGACAGUUGAGCAGUAUGGUUAAGAAUCUUAGACUUAAUGAAGUCGAUGGACCACUUCUGCUCCAAAGGCAGGGAUCCUGGCCAAAUGUGAAUCAGACAAGGGGUCUGUACCGGGAGAUCUUAUUCUUGUCACUUGUUGCAUUGGGAAGAGAGAAUAUUGACAUAGAUGCAUUUGACCGAGAAUAUAAACUGGCUUAUGAUCACCUCACACCAGCUCAGGUUAAAUCCACUCAGAACUGUGAUCGCCCACCAAGCACUGGAGUAAUUGAGUGCAGAAGGACCUUUGGAGAACCAUACCUUUAAGGAAAAUGUAAGCAGUGGUGCAGCACUGCUAUGAAUUAGUAUGUUUACAUGUCAGAAUGCAUUUGCUACAAGGACUGAUUAAAGUGCAUCAGUGAACAAAAAAAAAAUUUGGACCUUAAUACAGGUGAUGUUUUCUGAAAGAUGAGUUGCUGCAACUACAUGCAAGACAUGCAGGAGCUGUGCAAAAGAAAGAUUGACAUUUCUGCUAUUUUUUUUAGGAAGACAUUCCUGCUACUUUUUAAGGCUGUUGACUGUGUUUGAAAUUUACCAGCACGCAAUAUGAUGCUUGAUUCUGUUUUUGUUUUUUUCCGUGAUGUUUUAUCAAGGCACUGAUCUAGACUGGAACUUGGAUUUUUGUGCUUCAUUGUUACAGAUGACUGUAACAAAGAGAACGAUUGACCAGACAAAAUCUGUGUUUUAACCAGUCAGACUGCCAAGGCUAUCAAAAAAUCAGACUCAUGACAAGAACAGUUGCUGCCAAUGAUAAUGUAAUGUGUGUUUAAGUUGUAAGUGGUCUAGAGUACUGCAACAUUCAGACACAUUUACAAAUCAGCAGUGCUGUAAAAGUGGUUACAUAUUUGUGACUGCAUAAAAUCUGGGUUAUUUGGUUUACAUAGUUUAAAUGUCUUAAAGCUAAACAAACUCUAUAAUAUAUGUGGAAAAUAGUGUAUAUUUUAAAUCAAGAAAAUUUUAUAUUGGUAUUUGAUUUAUAUAAUUGCAUAAAAAAUCAUUUUAUUGUGCAGGCAGUAUAGUACCUAUAUGUUAUAAACAUGCUGCUAUUUAUACAGUUUUCCUAAUUAUUUAUUCAAAAAGAUUAUUCUUGGGUAUGUAGAUUAACGUUUUAAAAAAUGUUCUGCAAGUGUAUUCCCAUUCAGUAGCGUAUCAUCAAGCUGCAAUGUGGACAAAAACAACUGCUCUGAACUGCAGCACUGAAUCUACUUGACUGUUUCCUAACAAAGCAUUUUUUUUUUAAAUAAGUUUUAUGUUACUAUCAUCAAAUGAUAUUUAGAUAUGCAUAUCUCAGGAUUCCCAUCGUCUGAAGAGUAGUGUGCAUGUAUGGGACAUUUUAUAUAUAUAUAUAUAUAUAUAUAUAUAUAUAUAUAUAUAUAUAUAUAUUUUUUUUUUUUUUUUUUUUUUCUCAUACACACAGUGUGCACGUGCAUAUUUUUACAUGAAAUACCUUUAUAAUGUUGAAUGGCCAAAACACCAAACAGUAUUAUAUCAGCCAGAAAAGGUCAAAACUCAAAAUGCCUAAAAAUACUGCAUUUUGAUUUUAGACCUUUUCUGGUCGGUACAGAAAAGGUCUGGUCCCCAGCACCCACACAACCCCUGCUUAAUUGCACAUACUUACUCCCAAGUGUGCACUACAGUUGGAAAAGGGGAAAACACCAGCCCCCACAGUUCUUCAGUCUUGUCAAAUUAUUGUUUUUUUACCUUUUUAAGUUGAUGUAAUGCCUUUAAGCAUUUUGGACAUUCAGCAUUAUCAGUUUGACCCCUAUACAUAUAUAUGUACUUAAACACAUGCACACAUAUGUGUAUAUAUUGGAAUCCCUUAGCUAAAAGCAUCCGGAUGAGUGGACAUACAGAAACAGAAUUUAAUAUUCUGUAGGGACAUUUUCAAGUCUUAGCUCAUAUGAUGUAAUACAUUUAUUACUGAACAGCUCUGUAGACCUAAUAAAAUGUUAGCAUGAAACAAAAGAAAA